AUGGAAAGAUCGACUAAGAGAUUGAUCUCGAAAGAUAGGUUAAGUCAGUUACCCGAUCCUUUGUUAUGUCGGAUUCUUAAUCACCUUCCCACUAAGGAAGUUGUUAGAACAAGUGUGUUAUCCACCACAUGGAGAAGUCUUUGGCUUUGGGUUCCUAGUUUUGAACUGAACUCCCAAAAGUUCCAAGACUUCGAUGCCUUUGUGAGUUUUGGUGACAGGUACUUCGAUUAUGGUAGAGUCUCAUGCAUCGACAAAGUCAAGUUAACUAUAGAAGAACCCGAUUAUGGUGUAGAUGAUCCGUCUUAUUUCACAACAUGGUUUGAUGUUCUAGUCAAGUCUAAGAUCAGACAUCUAGAUGUUAAGAGUCGUCUUGAUCUUGGGUAUCAUAAGAUUCCCCUAACCUUUUAUACCUGCGAGACACUCGUAUACCUAAAACUCACUCUAGUGAGAUUUGAUGAUGUCGAGUUUGUUUCCUUGCCGUGUCUGAAGACUAUGCAUUUAAAAUAUUUUUUGUAUCCCAAUGAAGCCACUUUCGAGAGACUUGUCUCAUCCUGUCCUGUCUUGGAAGAGUUAAAGAUUGAUGAAUGUUUUAAUCAUCACACAAAAUUUUGUCGGGUGCUCUCCAAGUCAUUGAUAAGGCUCAUUAUAAGAAAACGCUAUUCUCUGCAAGAGUAUGGUUCAAGAGUUGUGAUUGAUGCUCCUCAGCUACACUUUUUGAGCAUCUAUGGUUACUUAUCAGAAAGCUUUACAAUAACCAAUAUGGACUCCAAUGCCAAGUUAGAUAUUUCUCUCGCCUUUCCAUCAAAUGGAAUUAACAUCCGCGGUUUUCUUCUCGGGGUUUCGAAGGUCAGAGAUAUGACCAUGUGUGCAAAGACUAUAAAGCUCAUCAAAGAAUAUGCUACGAUAUUUGGACCGUUGCCUCUAUUUGGUUGCGUGUCUCGCCUCUGCGUUACACUCUGUGUGUUCGAUUUGAAAUGGUUGCCAACUUUUCUUGAGAGCUGUCCGAAUCUGAAGUCUCUUAUCUUGAAAUGGGAAGAUAGCUCUAAUCACUUGAAGGUGAUGAAUCCGUUUGAAUGUUCAUCUGUGCCAAAGUGUUUGUUAUCGUGUCUCGAGUUUGUUGGAUUCGAAACGAGCAUCUUGGGAUAUACUUCGGAAAUGGAGCUGGUAAGGUACUUUCUAGUGAAUUCAGCAAUCCUCAAAAAACUCACUCUACGUUUGCACUAUAAUGCAAUACGACAAUAUGACAUCUUCAACAAACUUCUCAAAAUCCCAAAACGCUGUAGAGCAUGCGAAGUUGUCGUAUCCCAUGGCUUUGACCGGUUUAAUAUGUGA